UCGUUCGGCUGGUUCGGACUUUCGGAGUCCGUCUGUAUUUUAUUUGUAAAAUAUGUUAACCAGAAGAACAGUAACAAACAAUAUCAGUAGCUCGUGAUGGGUGCGCUAAACAUCGCGGAAUGGACGCCAGACGAGGUAGCGGAGUGGAUGUCGGGUCUGGACGCGAGCGUGGCGCAGUACGUGCCGGAGCUGCGCCGCCGCGGCCUGAACGGGGCCAAGCUGCUGACUCUACGCUGCGACGACCUGGAGUACCUCGGCAUCCACAUCAUCGGCCACCAGGAGCUGCUGCUGGAAGCCGUCGAGCACUUACGAAACUAUCACUAUGAAGUAUCACGAGAGUGUGUGCAACAGCUGGCUCUUCGAGUGUCGGCUGCUGCGUCGUCUCUGGCCAGGGAGCUGCGGAACCAUACCGACACCCGUCUGCCCACACAGACGCUGGCCGACGUGGCCCGCACCGUGCAGGCUAUCAAACCUCUAGUGUGCUGGUUGGACAGAUGGGCGAUGUGCGGCGGCGCGCUGUCGGAGCGUAAAGCGGCGUUAUUGAAGUUGGCGCUGGAGGCGGCCACGUGCGCCCAGCGCGAGCGCUUCGCCGAGCAGCCCGCGCGCGCCGUCGCCGCCACCGCUGCCGCCGCCGCUGCUGUGGCUGACUACAUCAUACAGGAUGUGGCGGACCCGGGCAUCCUGCAGCCUGCGACGGUGGAGGCGGUGUCGCUGCGGCAGGCGGGCGCGGGGGCGGGGCGGGGGGUGGGGCGCGCCGGGGGGGCGCUCGGCUUCGAGGUGGUGCCGUCGUUCUGCGGACACCACCAGCUCGCGCACAUCCGCUUCGGCUCGCCCGCGCACGCCUGCGGACGAGUGCACGAGGGGGAUGAGGUGGUGGCAGUAGGCGGGAUGUGCGUGAUAGGGUGGAGCGGGGAGGCGGUGGAGCGGCGGUGCGGCGCGGCGGGCGAGCUCGCGCUGCUGCUGCGGCGCCGCGGGGCCCGCCCCCUGCCGCUGCCCGCGCCCGCGCCCGAGCGCCGCAGACCCGCCUUCAUGCACGACCACAGAUACGAGUUCGAGUUCCGCGAGCCGCUAUCGCGGUCUACCGUGGCCGCUGUGAAGGAGGCGGCGGAGAGCGUGGCGGAGGGGGAGGGGGAGGGCGAGGGGGCGGGCAGCAGCGACAGCGAGGCGUUGUCGCCGCCCGCGUCGCCGGUUCCGCCCGAGCGCCUGUACCGCGGGAAGCCGCGCGCGCCGCCGCCGCGACGUCACAGCGUGUGCGGGGGGAGCCCCCCGCGCAGCGCGCACACGCCGCUCGACCAGAUCUGGCGCGAGCUGCAGCAGCAGCGCUGGGCGGACGGCGACGACACGCUCGGCGACACGCUGUACCGGCGCGACAAGGCCGUGUCGUGCAGCACCGGGCUGCAGCUGUCGCCGCGCCCGCGCACGCACCUGGGCGUGGCGCCCCGCCCCGCCCCGCCCCCGGCGCCGCCCCCCGCGCUAGUGUCCGCCCCCACGCCUCCCGCACCGCCCCGCGCUCGCCUCGACAAGAGUCAGUCGGCGCCGACGUACGACGAGCCCCCGAGUGCAGCGCCGCUCGCUGCUCAGCCGAUCCCCGAGUCCCCGCCCCCCGGAGACGGGCGCGAUCCGCGCGGCGGUCAGAUCCUGGACUUCCUGAAGUGCAGCUCGGCUAUCGGCGAGGCGUUGCGCGCGCGUGCCGCUGCCGACCACGAAGCCAUCAACCCCGUGAUGCGCGACGACGCCGAGCUUACUACUAAAUACCCAGUACCGUGCGUGUCGGAGAGGCGUCGGGCGCCGGACACGCCCCCGCCGCCGCCCCCGCGCCCCGCUCCAGCGCCCCGACUCACGCGCUCGCCCCCGCCGGAGCCGCCCCGCGACCCACCUCGUGACCUACCCCGUGACCCGUCCCGCGACCCACCCCGUGAGCCACCCGUGCCCGCGCCGCGACCACGUCCGCGGUUAACGGACUCUACACAGACGCUGUCGCCGCUGCGUCACAUCAGCAAGCACGACAUCCAGCUGGUGUCGCACGAGCGCCGCGAGAUGCCGCCCCUCAACUGCGAGCCAGACAGCCCGCAGUCGGAGCGUGGGCCAGAGCGCGUGGCCGGUGGCGGGGGGCGGCGGCGCGACGAGAUCGUUGUUGGGGAGGGGGGCGAGCGCGCCGGCGUCCGCGCCAUCUUCCCCACCUCCAAGACGCGCAGCCUCAAGAAGAAAAACUCCAUAUUGGCUAAGCGGCGCGAGGUGUGCGCGCGGUCGCUGGCGGCGCGCGGCGCGGCGGGGCGCGUGUGGCAGCGCGUGCGCGGUGGCGGGCGCGCGCGCUGGGCCGAGCGACACCUGCUGCUGGCGCACAACCUGCUCUACGCCUACCGCACGCCCGAGGACUCUCGCGCGUCGUGCAUGAUCUACCUUGAGGGGUGGACGGUGUGCGCGGCGGGCGAGGUGCGGUCGCGCGCGCAUGCGUUCAAGGUGUACCACACGGGCACGGCGUUCUACUUCGCGUGCGAGUCGCAGGACGCCGCCGCCGCGUGGACGCAGCUCAUACACCGCGCCACGCUGCUGCCCUCGCUCAGACCUGACCAGAUGGACCUCUCCAAACAGUACUCCGAAACGGAGUACUCGGAGUCCGACUCUGAGGCGGAGUCGGAGCGGCGGUCCGAGCGGGACAGGGAGAGGGAGCGGGAGCGAGACAGCAAGUCCAAGUUCGGCUCGCUGCGGAAACUCACGAGGCGCGGCUCGAGCGAGAAUGUCGCGAGCCUCGACCGCAAGUAUCUGAGAUUCUUCUCGCGCGGACGAACCAAGGAGGAGACUAAACCGAAGAGCAAGCAGCCGGGUGUGCCGGUCCCCACGGAGCAUUACCGCAGCUACCGGCGCGCCGCCCCCGUCCCCGCCCCCGCGCCCCGCCCGCCCAAGCCCAUACACUACAUACACGCCUCCAACCCCAACCUGCUGGACUUCGAGAACAGCGACUUCGUCACCAAACCCACGGUGCAGCCGCCAGCGCCGCGCACAAUCGGCGAGGUGGGCCUCGUCACACUCGAGCAGUUCAUGCUGCAGAAACAGGACGAGGAGCGCGGCGACCUCGCGCGCCGCCUGCGGACCGUCCGCCCGGACGUCGUGUACGGUGACCUGCCGCCCGAGAGGGGCAGGGGGGAUCGGGGAGACAGGGGGGACAGGGGGGAGGGUGACGAGAGGCCGGACUGGAAGGACUCGCUCAGGAGGAAUGAUAAGGUCCACACGGGCACGCCCCCCGCGCCGCAAGCCGUGCUCGCAUCACCUACAGACAGCGCGGGCGGCGGCGUGUCGAGGCUGCGACUCAUGUUCGGCGGCGGUCGCAGAGAUCUUGCUAAGGAAAGCAGCCGCAUGGAGAAAUACUCUCACCUGGGCUGCCCGCCCACCUUCACGCCGGAGACUUACUCGCUGCGCCGCCCCGACAGACCCUGACCGCUGUACGACGAUCAUGAUGAGGCAAGAUGGCCGACAAAGAAGUGAUGCUGACGUCGAACGACGUCUCUAAGCGGUGUUGCCCGAUAUGCCAACAUAGUUGGCCGACAUGGCAACAAUGUUCGCCGACGUGGCAACAAUAUUGACUGACAUAUUUAUCGACCGACGUAUUGACAACAUAUUUGGCGGACAGUAUAUCUGCCAACAUGCCGACAAUAUUGGCCUACAAACUCGCAAUGUUGGACGAGAAUUUGUCGGCAUACCGGCAAUAUUGGCCAACAAGUCUGCAUAUCGAAAAUGUUGUCCUACAUGCCGCGGUGAUUUUAAUGUCGUUGACGUAUAAUCGUGACAUUCAAUCGAUAUUUCAACUAUAUUAUACCGAUAUUAAUUUGUUAUUAUGUUUUUAUGUGUAUAUAUACGUAUAUCAAUAGAAAACAUUUCAAGAACUACUUCUGUCGUGUUAGAUUUGUUGGAACUAAGUAAGUAACGGAUGUUUCCGCUUGAGGCACUGCUAGUAACAAUAAAAAUGGAUUUAAACUCGUUAGAAAUAGUUAGAAACUUACACUUUGACGUUAAAAAGUGUUUAUUUUAUUAAAUAAUAUUUAUAGAUCGCUCAAAUACCACAAUAUUUUAUCCGCUAUUUAUACCAUUCUCUCAUACAAAUUUAUUAAAGAUGUCUAAAUAAUGCUCACGUUUGUUCCUAAAUAAAGUUUUGUUGUUUUGCUGAAAAUACAAUGAGUUUGUACUAGUGCUCAAUGUUAUUGAAAAUAGGCGUUUACUGCAGUAGAAUAUAUUAUUAUUAUUAUUGUUGUAUAGUCGUAACUGUUAGACGAGGCAAUGUAUUCUACAAUCAAAUAUAUUUUUAUCAAGUUUCGUAUUUGAGAUAGCUACAUAAUAAUAUUAUUUUUAUCAAGUUCAAUGAUACAUCAGAACCCCAGUUUAGGCUGUGUUUAAUUCUUAAAAAUGCGAUUUAAAACAACAACACCUAUGUUUUAUAUAAACUAAAUAUUAGGAUAGGAAAUUAGGUAUUAAAAAUCAUACACAUAAACUUCAUAUCGUAAAUAUAGUUAUAUAUUAUAGUGCCAAAAUGUUUGAAUAUACUAGAAUAACAGCAAGAAUGUGGAACUAAAAUGUAUUGUAUUAUAAUGAGAAGACUGACUGGUGCGGUACAAUAUUAUUUCGUAUUUUAACGGACUUUAGAUACUCAACGGCGCUGGUGUUUUAAAAUUAAUAGCUUUGUAAAAAAUAUUUACGCGUGUAAAAAAGUUUAUACAUUUAAAAGCCACUUAAUUUGAGAUGCGUUAGUUAAUUUGAGCUUAGGAGCUAAAUGUUUGUGUAAUACUUGCAAAUAUAAAGCUUUUUCUUACGUCCAUUAGUAAUAUUUGCCGCAGUAAGGCAUCAGUAAACAUUUUAUAAUUGAUAUAGGACCUGACUUGCUUGUAAACAGUUAUAAAUGAUGUUCCUAAAGAUAUUACUGAAAAUGGAAUUUAUAAGGGCGGGCGGUGGCGCGGUAAGAUGGUCACAGGAUCGGAACAUGUUAACAAGAUGACAAAAUGACGGUAGUGAUCAUGCUACGAACCUUAGGCCCUUCUUGUCUCACCAUACCAUAAUAUAAUAUUUUUUUUGUAUAUGACAGCGACACUAGUAUAAUGUUAUGACUCGCUUGAUAUUUAUUAUAAUAUAU